AUGUUUAAAAAAAAAACAAUUGGUUAUUCAAUUCAACAAAUCAAAUCCUAUGAAUAUAAUCAAUAUUCAAUUGAAAUUUUAUUGGAUUCAGGAAAUUAUUAUUCUCAAAAUCCAAUAAAUUUAUAUGGUUUGAAUAUUUCUAUUAGUGCCCAAAAUUCAAAUGAUUUGGUACAAUUUUUAGUUCCAAAUAUAAAUGGUACAGUAUCACCAAUAUUCAUUGUCGAAUAUCCAUAUAAAGCAACUAGUAUUGUUCCUACAAACAUUAUGAUUAGAUAUGUAACAAUCUCUGGAUGUAACUCUUUAAAUGUUUCAGAGUCUGGUUGUUUUUUCCAAGGUUAUAUAGGUGUAAAUGCAUUUUUAAAUGUUGAUAUUGAAAAUGUAAAUUUUUUAUGUGAAUCUCUUUAUUCUCCAUAUUUUUCACUCUCAGGUAAUUCAAGAAUUAGUAGUGAAUCAAAUGAUUUAAAAAAUCAUGGAAUUAAAAAACCAUUAUCAAUGGAUUCCUCUAAAUUGUUAAAAAAUGAUGAAUCAAGUCAAGAUUUAGAAAUGAAAAUGGUAACACAAUACUUUUUUGGUGAACAAUAUCCAAAUGAUAAUAUCAAUAUUUCAUUCAUCUUAAACAAUUGCAAUUUUGGUUCAAAUAACAUCACCAAUGUCAAUAAUAAUGUCCCAUUUGUACUUAAUUAUGAUUUUGGUCCUAUAAUUGACUUAACAAUCUCAAAUACAAUUUUCAACUCUUUUUUAAUUUAUCGUGGAAGUUCAAUUGCCUCAAUUACUGCAGGUAGUUUUACAAUGAAUAAUGUAUCAAUUAUUAAUACAAAAUAUUAUGGAAGUAUAUAUUCCUUUUUUCUUAGAUUUUCCAAUUGUCGUGUUUCAUUAAACCAAGUUAGUAUUUCUGGAGAAUUUGAUGGUUCAAGAUCACUAAUUUAUUCUGUUAAUUCUCUUUUGAAUGCAAAUCAAUUCAAUGUUGAGCUUAACUAUAGUAGUGGUGUGAUAAUGGAUGUUAUAACCUUAAUUAGUACCUUUGCAUACUUUGAAAAUAGUACUAUUGAUUUAUAUGUUUCUAGUGAUUUUAACACCAAAGAAGGUAACCUCCAUGGUAAUGUUGGACUCUUCAGCCCUCAGAUGUCUAAUAUUUAUUUAUUUUCAAAUCGUAUUUUUUCAAAUGGUACAUCGAUUAUAAAUUCUCUCUUAUCAGACGUAAUUGCCAACAAUAAUCAAUUUGUAUUUGCACCAUCAAGUACCAAUGAUUUCCAACUAAUUGUUUGUGAUGAAGCAAAUACAAAUUUCUAUGGUGAUUCGUCAUUCACUGAUUUGGCCGAAUCAUGUCAAACUCCAAGUGAUACUGCCAAACAAUGGAACGAACUUAGGGAAAAUCUUUUAUCUUACUUUUGUGGGGUACUUUCUAUGUUUUUAAUCUUUCUAACUGCUUUCAUAAUUUCUUGGAUUUUUAAUUGUAGAAAAAUGAAAAAACUUAAUAGAAUUAAUAAAUCUUUAAAACUAUUACCAUAA